AUGGCCCCACUGCCCAGCUGGGCCAUCGCCGUACUUUUGCUGCUCUGCUUGCACAAUCAAAUAGGGACGCUGAAUUGCCUAAAAUGUGCAGAUAAUCAUAAGUGCAAAAACGCCUGUUACAUUUUGGACGAUGAUAAGCAGGUAUGCUUGUGCAAUGCAAAUGAGAAGGGGGUGCACUGCACGGAGAAAUGGAAUAUGUGCGAGAAGGACUGUAACAUUCGCGGGAUGAACGAAUCGUGCUCUAUUGCCUUAUGCAGACGGGGAAAGUGCAUUCCGAUUGACAAGAAGCCCUAUUACUCAUGCGAGUGCGGAGACUUCUACACAGGGAAGAACUGCGAAAUUGAAAACAACCCCUGCUCGUCGGCAGAAACGAAUCCUUGCCUGAACGGUACAUGUCUUUUUAUCGCUAAACUGAACAGAGUUAUUUGCAAGUGCCACAAUGGGUGGACUCAGAAGGAUAAACAGAGUUCGUCCAUGCUCAACUGGGGGAGGGAGAAGGUCGAGGUGCCUCCCCCCUGCGAUGUACAAAUCACGAGGGGGCUCUCCAAGUACGUGGUUUACCACACGCCGGCGGCGUACGCCAUGUGGUGGCUAAUCUACGUGGUGAGCGUCCUGGUGCUGUUCCUCUGCUGCUGCAACGUGUGCUUCGACUUCUUCUCCCACUCCCUGCUGAGUUACUUUACGUUAUUCGGCGGGAAGAAGAGGGACUGACCAGGGCGGCGGGAAGGAUUUCCAUAAUUUUGGCCCUGAUGGAUUUAUGGCCACAAAUAAGAGAAGACAUACUCCACGUGGAAGUUGCCCGGGUGCAUCUUAACAAACUGUUGGAGCUCCUGAAGGUGUCCGUUCUUUUCUGCCUCGUAGGUAUGAAUUCUGAUGGCUAUGGAGAGAUUAUUAGAGUUACUGGAGGAUAUAGAAUAAAGCCUUGCGCAUUUUUUCCCCCCUUUUUUCCCCCCCUCUUGGGGGUUAUUUUUGUCGUCUGUUUGGACCACCUCUUCAUAAUAGGGAAUGACCCCGCAUGAGUGCCCCUCCAAAUAUUUGAACAUCCCCCCGUGGUCUAUCUCCAGGUUAUACACUUCAUGCAGAGCAUUUUGUCUCACGAGCUUUACCUUAUCGACCACUUUACACCUUAGUGGGUUCCUAAUUGUGUAAACAUUUGUGUAGCUAUUCCCCUCUGCGUUGGUGAAAUGUCGGAGGGGUUUCCUCUUCUUGCAUAUGGUUGAGGCGCUCUUCACAAAGAAUGCCUUUUUAAUUUCAUAUUUUUUUUUUUCCCACGCUGGACAUGCGCUAACCUUGUGCGAGGUCACCCCCCCGCCGGU